ACACAUCACUAUUUUAUGUUGCGGAGUCGCUGAAGAGAGGGAGAGAGGGAGAGAGAGAGCGAGAUGAACAGAUUAGAGAUAAAUGUGUGAUUAUUAUAUUUAUUUUUCAUGGCUGUAGAAUAAUAUUAAUGACGGUACAGUAGUUUUCCCGUCGCUGAGACUUAUGGGUAAACAGGAAGUGAUGGUGUUUAGGAGCGUCAGUGUGUGAGAGCGAAACUGAAGGCUGAGUUGAGAAGCUCCGAGCUCAUGAAGCUCCUCCACUGAUCACUGCUUUCUUCUCUCUCACCCUGCAGGAGAUCCUCCUCCUCCUCCUCUUCCUCCUGCUCCUGAUCGGACACUCCGGAAACAGUGAGUCUGUGCGCUGAAGCUGAGAACACACCAGCACUGAGGAUGAUAAUGAUGAGUGUGGCACUUCCGGUUGAGUGACAUGUCGUCUCCAUCACCGGUACAGAUCAGGGAGGCGAACGCACAUCUGGCUGCUCUGCACAGGAGAGUGGCAGAUCUGGAGCAGAAGCUGGAGGCAGCUGAGAUCACACUGCGAGAGCAGGCCGAGAGUCUGAUCCGGAAAGAUGAACACCUCAGAGCAGCGACACAGGAGAUAACUGAAAACAAGGACAGCCUCAUCCUCAGCUCCAGGGAGAUUUCAUACCUCCACGAGAAGCUCUGUCAGUCUGAGGAAUCCAUUCAGAAGCUCCAGCACACGGUGAAGGAGAAAGAUUCCCUGAUUGGGCAGUUGCAGCACCGCUGCCAGCUGUUGGACAACAUCUGUAAAAGCCGUCCUCUGUUAGACAGCAUGCUGGCUCAGAUGGCCGAGGUGGAGAGAAUGGGGCCUGUGACUGAGCUGGGAAACGUCACAGCAGAUACUUCACUCACAGACGGAGAGUCCAACUGCAGCCCCUGUGGUCUGUCCAAUCACAAAGACUUUUCCCUGAGUGACGAUGACUUGGACGAUCCCGAGCUGGAGGGUGUGAUGUUCGGAACAACAGUAUGAAAGUGGAUGUGUCCUGUUUGCAUAUUUAGUGUGUUUAGUAGAGCAGAUGUGGAAGUUCAUCCACAAGAAGUGUUGACUUGCUUUCGAAUGGUUCUUUUUCUCUAAAUGUCUUUCCUGUUUAAUGAAUGAUGUUUUUAACACUAGUGUGGGUACGAGACAGCAAACUGCUCCAUGACAUGAUCUCAGUAAAGCUGGAGGAACUAAAAUACACCCAAUCAUUCAGAAAGAGACAAACGGGAGAAGAAACCUCUCUCAUGUGGUACAUGACCUUCAUGAGACGGACAGACGGAGAUGUCUGGGCUCCAAAAUAAUCGAUAUGUAAAUGAUUUGUUAAUCAAGUUGUAAUUUUCCUCUUCAUCUUCUUGGUAUUAAUUCACAUUUAUUUUACUUUCAGUUGAAUGUUGGGUUCCGUCUGAACACGGCGGAGAUUCAGUUCCAUCUCUUUGGGUUGUUGGAUGAUUCGUUUCAUUCACCCCUGAAAUCAGUUUAUUUGAGAGUGUGAACUAACAAUCACUUAAUUAUUGGUGACUGUUGCACAUGUUCUAAUUCUCGAAUGUUGUGGAACAUUAAAGCUGGGAAACAAAAACUGAAAUAUUUUACUCUGGUUUAUGCGAAGGUGAAGUGCUACUGCAUCAUGGCACGGUGCUUGUGUAAUCCAGGCAUGUGUGUGUUACUGUUUCUUUUCUACAGAGUUAAUUGGUGCCUCAAAUGUGAUCACUGGAAUUAUUUAUUCUACAUUAAUAAACUAUUUUGUUAUUCUA